CAUUCAGUCGGCGCGGGCAGGUGAACUGCCGGGCGGGGUGCGAGGCCAGCCAGCGUCCGCUAACCGCAGCCGCAGCUCCCGCUCCCUGCGCGCCGCGCCUCCGUCCGAGCAGCCGUCCUCCCAGCGGCGCGUGCCGAGCCCCUCCGCGGACUAGUCCGCAUCCUGCCACCCGCCGCCCGCCCGCCGCCUCGGAGCAAGAAGCUCCCAUCUCAUCCCUCCUGAGACGUCUUUGCUCCAGGACCCAGGUGAUCCUCAGGUGACGAGGUGACGAGUUCUUACGUCCUAUUUCAGCAGAAUUGAACAACACGAUGGGGUGCAAAGUUCUGCUCAACAUCGGGCAUCAGAUGCUGCGGAGGAAGGUGGUGGACUGCAGCCGAGAGGAGAGCCGGCUGUCCCGCUGCUUGAACACUUUCGACCUGGUGGCACUGGGGGUGGGCAGCACACUGGGUGCCGGUGUGUAUGUCCUGGCCGGAGCUGUGGCCCGUGAGGACGCAGGCCCCUCCAUUGUCAUCUCCUUCCUGAUCGCAGCGCUGGCCUCAGUGCUGGCCGGCCUCUGCUACGGCGAGUUUGGCGCUCGGGUCCCCAAGACAGGCUCAGCCUACCUCUACAGCUACGUCACCGUUGGGGAGCUCUGGGCCUUCAUCACUGGUUGGAACUUAAUCCUCUCCUACAUCAUCGGUACUUCAAGUGUAGCGAGAGCCUGGAGUGCGACGUUUGACGAGCUGAUUGGCAAUCCCAUCAGGGAGUUCUCACGGACGCACAUGGCUCUGAAUGCCCCUGGAGUGCUGGCCGAAAACCCAGACAUAUUUGCUGUGAUUAUCAUUCUCAUCUUAACAGGACUUUUAACUCUCGGUGUGAAAGAGUCGGCCAUGGUCAACAAAAUAUUCACUUGUGUCAAUGUUCUGGUCUUGGGCUUCAUAAUGGUGUCAGGAUUUGUGAAAGGAUCGAUUAAAAACUGGCAGCUCACAGAGGAGGAUUUCCAGAACACAUCCAGUCAUCGCUGCUUGAGCAAUGACACAAAACAAGGGACGCUUGGCGCUGGUGGAUUCAUGCCCUUUGGAUUCUCUGGUGUCCUGUCUGGGGCAGCGACGUGCUUCUAUGCCUUCGUGGGCUUUGACUGCAUCGCCACAACAGGUGAAGAGGUCAAGAACCCUCAGAAGGCGAUCCCCGUGGGGAUUGUCGCGUCCCUCCUAAUUUGCUUCAUCGCUUACUUCGGGGUGUCGGCUGCCCUCACACUCAUGAUGCCAUACUUCUGCCUGGACAAGGACAGUCCCUUGCCCGACGCCUUCAAGUAUGUGGGCUGGGAAGGUGCCAAGUACGCGGUGGCCGUCGGCUCACUCUGCGCUCUUUCCACCAGUCUUUUGGGUUCCAUGUUUCCUAUGCCUCGAGUCAUCUAUGCCAUGGCUGAAGAUGGACUGCUAUUUAAAUUUUUGGCCAAAAUCAACGAUAGGACCAAAACACCAAUAAUUGCCACGUUGACCUCAGGUGCCAUUGCUGCUGUGAUGGCCUUUCUCUUUGACCUGAAGGACUUGGUGGACCUCAUGUCGAUUGGCACUCUCCUGGCUUACUCUUUGGUGGCUGCCUGUGUGUUGGUCUUACGGUAUCAGCCAGAGCAACCUAACAUGGUAUACCAGAUGGCCAGAACUACCGAUGAGCUCGAUCAAGUGGACCAGAAUGAAUUGGUGAGCACCAGUGAUUCCCAGACAGGCUUUUUACCAGAAGCAGAACGGUUUUCUUUGAAAACCAUACUCUCACCCAAAAAUAUGGAGCCUUCCAAAUUCUCCGGGCUAAUUGUGAACAUUUCAACCAGCCUCAUAGCAAUUCUUAUCCUCACCUUCUGCAUUGUUGCCGUGCUCGGAAAGGAGGCUCUGACAAAAGCGGAGUUGUGGGCCAUCUUUGUGCUUGCUGGAUCUGCCCUCCUCUGCUCCCUGGUUACCAUAAUCAUCUGGAGGCAGCCUGAGAGCAAGACCAAGCUUUCAUUUAAGGUGCCCUUCCUGCCGCUACUUCCCGUCCUGAGCAUCUUUGUGAACGUCUAUCUCAUGAUGCAGCUGGACCAAGGCACGUGGGUCCGGUUUGCAGUGUGGAUGCUGAUAGGCUUCAUCAUCUAUUUUGGUUAUGGUUUGUGGCACAGCGAGGAGGCGUCCCUAGCCGCUGACCAAGCAAGGACUCCUGACGGCAAUUUGGACCAUUGCAAGUGACACGCAGCCCCUCCCUCAGAGGUGACCACAACCCCGAGGGAUGCCCGCAGAGGUCCUGGGAGCACCUCACUCUGUCCACCAGUGCGUCAGGACCCACCCACAUCUACACAGCCCCAGUGCAGCAGACACUGCAGCUACCUGAAGCGCAGCCUUAGCCCGCAGCCCGUGUGUCCUGCUUAGACUCGCUCCGCAGCAGGUGUGCGAGGGCCCGUCACCUCGGACAGCUCCCCAGCAGGGGCCGCUUGGCCACAGCUAGCCACCGCGGCUCCUAACACCCCUCUGAACAUGGAAAGCGGCCCCGUCCUCUCCAUCUCCGUGUGCAUGCUGCUGUGUGCUCAGGCAGAAUGGAGGUCACUGUUUCUCGUCACCUUGGGAAUCCGGGCCUCCCUCCCUGGGGACCAUUCUGGUAUUAAACAUGUGCGCACUCCAGACUCUCCAUAGCCAUCUCCCCAUGUGGCCCCCAAGGCCGGCCGCAGAGGCAAGGUGAGUACUCCAAAACAUACAUCCCCAGCAGUCUUGCCCCCGGAGCCAAAGGACAGCAGUUUACUUUAAAAAGGAAAAGCAAGACUGGUUUCCUUCUCCCAUUCCUGUUCCCUGCCUUGCUUCCAGAAGAGGUUGUGAGGACUGUAAGCUCUCUCCUCCUUCCCCUUCCAGGCAGGGGUUUCGCUGCUUCACCAGACAGCCCCGCACACUCCAGUGGUGCUGAGGGCAGGCGUUUCCGUCACUGACCAGGAGGAAGGGAGCGCCGCUGUGGGGACGAGGCAGCAGGACCAAGGCAGGGCCGCCUCUACUCCUGGUGCCCACGUGUGGGGACCUCCCCCAGCCGCACUCUCUCGCUCCAGGCCCCAGGCCGGUUCUGGCUGCUUCUGGUAUCUCUCGCCAACAGUUGUGUGUCCCAAGCACCUGGAGUGUGGCACUGCAUUCCUGUGGGACUGGCCUUAGAUUAGUAGAGCUUAGAACGCUGUAUUCUGUGGGUCUUUGCCAAUCACUAAAUCCUGCCCUCUGAUCCUUGUGGGUUAGCAUCUCGAGUCUUGUAAGGUUCUCAAGGCAGGUGUCCACUCAUUCUGAGGUGACAGUGGCCGGCCCCCCUCGCUGCUUCUGGUCCCAACAUGAUCUGUUUGGCCCCUCCUUAGAUAGAAUCAAACCGAGUCCUCUGUUAACAUCUGCAAAUCACUCCAAAUUAAGUUGGCACUUAGUGUUAACUUGGAAAAUGACCAAAUAUUUCCUUGGUGUGUUGUUGCAAGCGUGGGGUCUGCACGUGAGAAUGUGGGGGUCAUACUGCUGUCCAAGCGUUGUGGGUUUGUAUCUGGAUCGUAACCUGGCCCUGGACCCCCUGCCUCUGUCAGUCACAGAGCCAGCUUGGGUCCCUGCAGCUCCGUGCUCCGUGCUCCGUGCUCCCUCCUCGGACCCUGCAGCACCCUACACUCUCACCCACUCUGCAGAGAGGAGGCCAAGGAAACGAGAACACUGACGCAGUCUUCCUUCCCAUGAGAACGUGACUUGGGAGACAGAAGGGCCUCACGUGAACUGGAGGGGAGGGAGGAAGGCAUGUGGACACUCUAGAAAAUGUAAAUGCUGCUUUGAAGCUCAGACUCCCACUUCUUCCUUCUUAUCCGACCUUUGACACAAAUCUGGUAGAAAUAAGCCUGGUAAAUUGACGGCACUUGUCUGAUCUCCCUCAGUAGGUUCGGAGAGAAUUGCAAAAAUUUGUGGACCAGCCAAAUGGCAGGGUCGGUCAGUGGAGGGCUGGUGGGCCGGUGGCCAAGAGCUUGGCCUCUGCCCCAGGCCCUGAUCACCUGCCUGGAAGCUUUAUUCUAAAUAUCAUUUGUGAAUGUUAUAGAGGGAGGAGCAUAAGGGCUCAGAGCAGGGGUUUCCAAAGAAAGGUAUUUAAAUUUAUGUAGAUUGGUGCUGUAUAAUAUUUUGAUAAAUAUUAACUUAUUUCAUGGGGUUUUGGUUGUCUGCUGUCUUCUUAGAAUUUGUUAGCUAUUUGUUUGCUUGAUUUGUCUGUUACUUUCCCACAUAGGCAAAGAGAACUUGAGGGAAAUGUAGUAUAUGAGAAAAGUGUAGGGGAGAGAGAGAAAAAAAAAUUUUUUUUUUUACUUUAAUAUCUUUUUCUGGCUGAAAUUUCUGUGCAAGACAGCAGGCAAUAGACUGUAUACAGAUGACAUUUCAGCUGGCAACAUGUCUCCUUCUGCCGACUGACAAGGUGUGUUCGCCGAUGCCAUCCCACGGAAUGCGAAGCUCCUGGAGUGGGAGGGUCCUCCUUCCUCACCCCAAAGUGGGAAGUGCCUCCAGAAGCCUCGGAAAAGGACACCUGAAGGUUCCGCAGAGAAAUAGUUGUCAUGGUCACUGUGCUUUUAUGGAGACUAACUUCUGUUCAGUUGCCAGGGGUUUUUUCUUCUGUGUAUGAGGGUGGUAAUGUAAGGAAUGAUGUUUGGGGUCAGUCUCCCCAGCGCUGUUAGGCUUUUUUUUAUCCCAUCCUUCAUUCCUUCCCCAGAAAUAAACACAUACACGCGCCGGGGCAUGCACACACACAGGCAAGAAAUAACCACCAGAAAUGCCCAACAAUUGGCCUCCCUACACCCCAAGCGAGAAUAUGAUUAUCAGUUCCAUGGCUUGGCCAGUAUUUUCUAUACCGUCAGAAAUUCCACACUUCUAGAGACAUGCCCUUUGGAAAUGUUGUGUCUGCUUUUAUCUGUGGCCCAGUCGCAAAUAACCAUAUUGGUAAGACCCAUUUGUGUCAAAUAAGCCCCCCUUCCUGCCUCCCGAAGUGCACUUUGCCCUUCCUGUUUUUGUGACCCCAUGAAGACUCACAGAGAAGCCAACAGCGGGGCCCCAGGACCUCUGCUGAAGAUUGAGGAGUGUGAGGGGUCUCCAGGGAAGCAGUCCGACCCCGUGGGCCAGUGAGGCUGAGCCUGCUUCCUGGAGGGGGCCUUGGGCAGGAGAUAGGGCCUCUGCACUCCCCUCACCCCACCCUACCAGCUCACACCCCUUCCACCCAACUUGGGGCCUGAUUUGUUUUUCCAAACCUGUAAGAGUAGAUAGGGCCAUUUUUCCUAGGGUGUUUUGGAAAGACUCUAAAUCAAUACUGUUGUCAGAACCUCUCCCUCUCCAGCUCCCCAACCUGUGGUUUGGUUCCACUGAGUCAUCUCUCUUAAGAGAUCGGCCUCCUGGUCCUGUGUGCUGUGGUUUGGCUAUCACAGGCUGCCUGCCUGUCGUGUGUGCACUCUGGGGGCUUCAGGAGCCCCCAGCUCUCGAGGCUCUGGCACACCCCGUUCUGUACCUUUGGCACAGCCUGUGUGUGCACCUGGCUGAGGCCCCUGGCCCUUGCUUGUUGGGCUUUGUGCAUGGCAGUGGGCACGAACUGAAUUGCAUGCCCUCCUCGCAACACCCAGCGGGAGUUCAGAGCUGAGUGAGUUCUGCAGUCUGCCCGGGAUGGUCUCUAGCCUAACACCAGCCACGGCUGUGAGUCCAGGGUCCAAGGGUGGGUUCCUUGGGUGAGUGUGGACAUGCCUCGGAACGGCCCCAGCCAGAGUAUAGACGGACUCAGGCAUUUUGGGGCCAUCACCAGGAGAGGACACCUGCCAGCUCUGUGCCGGGACCGUCUUCUGAUCUGCGUGUCUCACUUGUAUACAUCUCAUCAAAGCUGAUUGUCCUGUCAGCACCCAAAAGCCGUGAUCACCAAGAUGGGAGUGAGGAAUCUUCGUGCCGGGCCCCGUCGCCGAUGUGUUCUAGCACGGACAGAGAUGUGUGUCUGCAGGCCUGUCCACACUCUGCUGGCCAUAGGUGUGCAACGUUUGUGUGCCUCUGUGUGGAACUGUUACAAAGUUCUUGGCAGAUGGAACUAAAUAUAUGCUAUGUAUGGUUGUUCUGUAUAACUUCAGAUAUAUGUUUGACAUCAUAAUGAGAGUAUUGUAUGUAAGGCUCCUCAGGGAGUGAGAUAGACAUUUUGUCAGACUCCUAUGGACUUUUUUUUUGGUAAUGAAAUGAUUCAUUGAUCCAGUGGUGCAAGAAGCUACACUCCGUAUUUCAUCAUCAUAGUUAUGAUGCCUGAUGGGUUUUUAUGGCAAAAGAAGAAAAUGUCAACUGACUUUGAUAUUCGUCACUAUAAUCCAGAGUCUUUCUGUGCCCUUUGCUUCAUUGAGCAGCAGUGCUCUUUUGAGUGGGACACGGACCGGCCAAGGGCCUCAGGGCACAGUUAUCAAGGAACCCCCUCCCCCUGACCCCGAUGGCCCUGUAGGUGUGGGGAACUGCCGGCCUAAAAACCCCCAUGAGAUCAAGACCUUGGCUGUGAAGUCCAGCAAAUUGAUCUUCUCAGGGUAUGAGCAGGGUCAGGAAGCAGGGCUGGGAAGAUGUGCUUUGACUUUGUUAAUUAAUUAACAAGGUAUACGAUGUUGUGUUUCUCGAUGACAAACUUUUUUAAGUUUGGGACUUAUUUUCGAUUUGAGAAGUUGUAAUAUAUAUUUAAAGUAAGUUUCCCGCUUAAGUUGUGCCUUCCAGCAUCGAUGGGUCUAAAGCAUGGGAUGAUGAUCCCAGUGAGGGCUGGUUUAUUAUCAAACCCACAGAGCUGUGGUUUCUCCAGUAAACUUUUUCUUCUACUGAACAUGGAGCCAUUAUUAAAAGAAUUGUGUUUCUUAUUAUGUAAAUUGUAUAAUAUUUUUGCUUGUUUGAUGUUCUAUUUUUCUAAUAGUUUUCUUAUAGUUUCUUAUAAUUGUAAUACUAGAUUUAGAAUCUGAUGCCCACUGCAAACCAGGCUGUCUCUGCUGUCCUCUCCUGUUUUUAUUUUAAGGACAAGCGUCCAUGUCCAUCACCUUAAAAAAAUGUGAAAUUCUGCUCUGUAUCCCAUUUUUGCUGACAACACUGUAUGUUGACAACUUCCUACUAUAUGUUGUAAAAUCAAAUUAUUUUGUGGUACAGUAUCUCAUGCUUCUGCCAACUCUAAUAAAUUCUAUGGCUUUGGCAUGCA